CGGCAGCCAAUCAGAGAGCAGUACGCUGAAGCUCGGAGGAGCAGUCAGUGUGGAGCUGGGUCGUGCAGUCGGCUGUGUGUAUGUGUGUGAGUGUGCGUGUGUGCGUGUGUCUGAAUGCGAACAAGUUGAUAGCCUGUUUUUAUUUUAAUUUUAUUUUAAUUUUUUUUAAAUAUUCCCAAAGCAUCUUUUGAAUUAAGCUCUCUGGGGGGUGAGUUUAGGGAAAGGCAGCGGAUGAGUGAGGGAAAGAAAAAAAAAACGGGACUUUCAACAACAACGGAGACUCUAAUGAACUCGAAAAUAACAAGUUUGCUCCGCACAGCCUCUGAGAAAACAAGCCACGCAGUUUAACAAAUGUCGGUGUGUCACUCUUUUUGCCAUAAGCUAACUUGAGCAGAGUAAAGAGUACAGCUGCUCACACUGUUUUUUUUUUUGUUUUGUUUUUAGUGUGUGUGUGUGUGUGUUUGGUUCAGUUUGAAGUCAACUGAUAGUCUCGCGUGCCUUCUUUUUUUUUUUUUUAUUAAUAUUAUUUUAUGUGUAAAGUCGCUCGUGCUCGCCACUAAUGAAGUUGCGGUGAACGUCGCGUAAGAAGACACUAACAACAACGUGAUUGUAGGGGAUAAGCCAUAAGCUACGCAGGAAAAAAACAAGACAAACAAAACAUGCUAAAGACGCUGACGAAGAAGCUAAGAAGACAUUCACUCAAUGAAAUACAGCCUUUCCACCUGAAGAUAUCUUACCAUGGCGGUGGAGAGGGAGGGGAGAGUGAUGACUCGGAGGGGGAGAACCAAGAGCUUGCACAGAUUGACAGAGAGAGACGGAGAAAUUGUGCCCUCACCCCCUUGGCCACCAGCCAGCAGCACAAUCAAGGUCCGCUUUCUCCAGCCCGGUUACGCCGCCUCCGCCUCCUUUUAGAUGCCAAUCUGGAUCGUCACUCUUCAGAAGAAGAGCUUGAGCGCAUCAGCUGCGGCGACAACAGGAAGUGGAUGUCUGCGCUUCCCCAGCGCCACAGCGAUCACCACAGCAGCGCCUCCAGUGACGAGGAGGUGCGGGACCUCUGUGGCUGCGGGUCACCGGCCGCCUCCGCCAGGCCACUUGUUGAACCGGGUGCUUGCUUGGCUGCCUCCCCCAGCCCUGUACUCUUCAGCUCAAGCCCGCCGCGUAGCCUCAAACCUCCCCCCAUGCGCUUUCAGCUGCAGGUGGUGCAACCGGUGACACGGCCCAUCAUCUUGACCCACUUUGAUCAGUCAGCACCUUACAGGAAGUAUCGGCACAGUUUUGGCGGCGAGCCGGGGAGGCCCAGUCUGGACCUGGAGAAAAUGCAACAGAAAAUGCUGCUGAAAAAGAACUGUGGAGGGAAAACGCGAACUAUAAAGAUCCGGAAUCUGACCAGCAGUCGCCCUCCACCCAGGUACACCUACGAUCCCUCCAUCUUCGCCUUUCGCUCCCUGAGCACAGUGCCCCCCUGCAGCCCCCUGACCCCGUCCGAGGAUCCCCCCUGCUCAUAAGAAAAAAAUCAUCCACUGCCAGAUAAUCCCUCUCCCCGCUUUCUUCAUUUCCAGACAGCUGCUCAUUUUGCAGCUUCUGCAGCAAGACCAAGGAGUGACUGUUCCGAAACUGACCGCUAGUUAAAGACAUUUGUUUGACGGUCUGACUAUUGCACACUCAGGUAAUCCCACCCUGUAAUGCUGUCACUUUUGGUCACUGUUCUCCAUGUGAAAUCAACAUUUGGAGAACAAAAUGGCUUCAACACAACACUUGGAAGGAUACUUCAGGUUUUGCUUAUGUAUAGCUGUCUCUGAAAGGAUCCUGCGAUUGGAGGAAGACAUGGACUGUGGACCAGAGGUGGUACAAAGGGACAAGGCCAACCAUUUUAAAAUCUGGAUAUAAGUCGGGUUGGAUCAAUAUUCAAGGAAAAUAAUGCAUGUAAGACAAUCAAAUGGUUCCAGGGUUUCUUCUUUUGAUGUCAUUACUGGGCAUCUCGUGAGGUUCUUGGUAACAUUACAUUACUAAACAUGGCAAGCCGAGUCAUCUGAUAUCUUUAUAUCUAGUUAUUGUUGAGAUGAACAUAGACAGUGGUUACAUUCGUCUGUCUGAAAAACUACUUCUUUGGAUGUGUCAUUGAAUAUGCAGGUCAUGACGAGCUAUAACAAACAUGUAUGACAUGUAUGUAGUUGAGUAGUUGACCUUUUGAUGAUGUACGUUUCUUAAUGAACUUGUCACUUUUAGUCCAGGUCAGAGUUAAGUACUUGUAUCCUCUUUCCUUGCAUGAAUUCCGCUGUUUUGCAGAAAGAGAGGUAUGUGGAAAUAAGGAAGUAUGAGACUAGUUUGUUGCACAUUUGGCAAGUGUAAUCGGUGCUAUGUCAUGCAUAGCCUACUUGUAGUGUGCCAUUUUUUUCCCAAUAUUGUACCUCAUUACUUUCUAGGUAGAAGAGGACCACUGGUAUAUCUAAGACAUCCCAGUGUUUUCUAAAGAUCUCUUAAUGCCUUGAAAUCACAUUCCUGUUGUAUUGAAUGAAAACUUGAGGUAGUUCUCAGCUCUUGAAACGAGCUGAUCAAUUGAUUAAAACACAACGUCACCACUGUAACUAAGAUUCCGCCGAAGUGAAUGUAACAUUGUGACAUGUUUUUUCGUCCAUUGUUGCACAACAAGAAUCAAUAAAUGCCCUGUGGCCUCUUGUUAA